AUGGCCUGGGGCCACGCCGCCUGGCUGGGCGCGGUGCUGCUGCUGGCGGCGUGCCUCCCCCUUCCGCUGGCACGAUCGGCGGUGCUGGACGUCAAUGCUCCGGACCUUGGUGGAGGCACCAUCAACGUCUGCACUUCCGAGUACUCUCCCAUCGUGUUCUGCCAGGGCCGCGACCCCGAGCAGUACAGCGGGUACGAGAUCGAGGUGUUCCACCGCGUGCGGCGGCAGCUGGGGUGGGAGCAGGAGCGGGUGAACCUGACGUGCAUGGCCUGGGAGGCGAUGAUGGCGUCGCUGGCCGCGGGGGACGGCGUGUGCGACCUGGCGGUGGCGGGGGUGGACAUCGCCGAGGACUACAUGCUGCAGGGAAUCAUCUUCACCUUCCCGACGCUCAGCACCGGCGGCUACCGCAUCCUGGUGCCGGCCGAGGAGUCCAGCGUGGACACCUGGGCCUUCAUGGACGCAUUCUCCUGGGAGCUGUGGGUGGCCAUCAUCUGCACCAUGGUGGCCAUGGGCUGCAUCGUCUGGGCGGUGGAGCGGUGGGCCAACCUGCGGCGCCCGCCCCCAGGCGCGCCGCCGCCCCCCAGCCUGCAGAAGCAAGUGUGGACGGCGCUGGGACGGCCGAUGCAGACCACCGAAAUGACCUCCCGCAACUUUGCCGGCAACCUGAUCAUCAUGAUCUUUGCCUUCAUGAUGCUGAUCCUGGUGACCCUGUACACAGCCAACACAGCCGCCAACCUGACCGCCACGCGGCUCAGCACCAACAUCCGAAGCGUGGAGGACCUGCCCGGCAAGCGGGUGGGCACGUGGGAGGAUGAUGUGUACAUGAACGACCUGGAGAAGCGAGGCAUCAUCCCAAAGGCCUACCCCUGGGCAGACGCCCAGGAUGAGCAGGCCAUGUUUGACGCGGUCGCGAACCGAGAGGUUGAUGCCCUCGUCCUGGACUUGUAUGUGCUUGACUGGAAUGCCGCCUCGCGCUGCGAUGUGCGCGUAGUGGGCAACGUGUGGGAGCAGUACGACCAGGCCGUGGCCUUCAGCUCCGCCUUUGACGUCGACUCGCCAGUAGUAAAGGAUUACAACAAGGCGCUGGUGCAGCUCAAGCAGGCCGGCGACAUGGAGGCGCUGGUGGACCAGUAUGUGACGCCGCCCGAGGCCGCCUGCAAGUCGCGCGGCGUGUCGGAGUCCAGCAAGGUCACCUUCAAGGAGGUGGCUGGGCUGUGGAUCCUGCUGGCCUGCAGCGUGGGCAUGGCCCUGCUGCUGGUCAUCGUCAGCCAGCUGGCGCUGCACAGCGCACGGCGCGUGGCCCGCACCCAGGCCUUCCAGUCCAGUGUGCGCCGCGUGCAGACCCUGCGAGGCACGCGCCAGGUCAGGGGCGGCGGCACGCUGCCGGGGCGGGCCGGCGCGGUCGGCAGCGGCGCCAAGGAGGCGCCGCAGGGCGGCGAGUGCCCGGCGGCGGAUGUGGAGGGGCAGCGGAUGGAUAGCGCGCUGGGAGCGGCGGCGCCAGGUGGCGACCACCAGGCGGCACACACGCACAGGGUGAGCUGGGCCCUGCCCUCCACCUCCCCACCCGACUACCCGCCGGCACCAGCGUCGUACCCGCCGCCACCGCUGCAGCAGCAGCAGCCAGAGCGGCAGCAAGAUGCAGCGCAGCUGUCGGCCAGGAUGGAUGAAGUGCUGGCGGCUGUGCAACACAUGCAGCAGCUGCUGCAAGCGCGAGGGCCGCCCCCGCCCUGCUAG